UCUCGCUGCUCUCUACAACUACAUUGGAAAGAUAAAAGAAACCCCAUCAUUCCUCCAAUCUACCACCAUACCCGAGGAUUUUUUAUCUCCUGCGGUUAUAAUUAUUCAGAUCUUGACAAAUUACCUUAUCUCACAUUCUUUGAGGUGCUGCCGCGUGUCAUUGUCCCGUCUACGACAGCUCCUCGUUUCUCGAUUCCUCGCCCAUUCCCCCCCCCCUCUCCCGAAGAAUAUUAUCCCAUCGUGUGUUCGCGUGAGGUCGGGCGUGAACUGUUAGUAGUAGCCUGACCGAGGAUUGGGACUCGUCAUAUCCUCGCCGCUCGCUGCUUGUAACUGAUCGAGUUUGAUACAAAAAAGUCCUUCGUCAUGGAGGGUCAAGGUGAUAACGAUGAGCUCUACCCCAUCGCCGUUCUUAUUGAUGAGUUGAAGCAUGACGAUGUCCUUCUCCGUCUCAAUGCCAUCCACCGUCUUUCUACCAUUGCAUUGGCCUUAGGGCCUGAGAGGACCCGCGAUGAACUGGUCCCUUUCCUUGACGACUCUGUCGAGGAUGAAGAUGAAGUUCUGACCGCUUUAAGCGAGGAACUGGGCAACUUCAUAGAAUAUGUCGGUGGUCCCGAGCAUGGGCAUGUGCUGUUGUCGCCUUUGGAGAAUCUGGCCGCCAUUGAGGAACCCCUGGUUCGGGAGAAGGCUGUCGAGUCCCUCAAUAAAAUCGGCGAGGAGUUAUCCGCCAAGCAAAUCGAAGAGUACUUCGUUCCGAUGGUCCUCCGCCUGUCCAAAGCCGACUGGUUCACCUCGAAGGUUUCCGCCACCGGUCUCUAUUGCGCCCCAUACAAGAAGGCUCCCCAGCCGCUGCAGCAAAGCCUCAGGCAGUACUUUGGGGGUUUGGUGCACGAUGAGACCCCCAUGGUGAGAAGACAGGCGGCAAACAACCUCGCCAAGUUCGUUGCGGAAAUGGAUGCGCCCGUGGUGAUCGAGGAGAUGAUACCCCUGUUCCAGUAUCUGGCGAACGACGAUCAGGACAGCGUGCGGUUGCUUACCGUCGAUAUUCUUAUUGCGAUUGCCGAGCAGAUUCCCAAGGAACAGCAGCCCAGUCACGGUAUUCUGUUGACGUCCUUGCGCCACCUGUUCGAGGAUAAGAGCUGGCGAGUCCGAUACAUGGUCGCGGAUAGAUACGAAAAGAUUGCUAAGGCCGUCCACGAAGAAGUGGUGACUCGAGACAUGGUGCCGGCGUUUGUGAAGCUGUUGAAGGAUACGGAAGCGGAAGUCCGCACGGCGAUUGCUGGCCAGAUUCCCGGCUUCUGUAACUUGAUCGACCGGGAUACCCUGCUUAAUGAGAUCAUGACGAGCGUGGAGGAUCUGGUGUCCGAUCCGUCCCAGCACGUGCGUGCGGCACUGGGUACUCAGAUCAGUGGGCUUGCCCCGAUCCUUGGGAAGGAAGAGACUAUCGCCCAUCUUCUUCCAAUGUUCCUGCAGAUGCUGAAGGAUGAGUUCCCCGACGUGCGCCUGCAUAUCAUCUCCAAGCUGGAGUUAGUGAACAAUGUCAUCGGCAUCGAUCUGCUGUCGCAGUCCCUGCUGCCGGCCAUCGUGCAGCUGGCGGAAGACAAGCAGUGGCGGGUUCGCCUUGCCAUUAUCGAAUACAUUCCUCUCCUUGCCAGCCAACUCGGCGUCAAGUUCUUUGACGAGCAACUUAGUGACCUCUGCAUGGGUUGGCUGGGUGACACCGUCUUCUCGAUCCGGGAGGCUGCUACUCAGAACCUGCGGAAGCUCACGGAGGUGUUCGGAGUGGACUGGGCCAAGGAAUCGAUCAUUCCCAAGGUCAUGGCGAUGGGACAGCAUCCUAAUUACCUCUACAGGAUGACCACCUGCUUUGCUAUCUCCACCCUUGCCCCCGUUGUCACCCUGGAUAUCAUUGAGAACUCGAUCCUUCCCAUCUUAGAACGACUUGCGGCCGAUGAGAUCCCUAACAUCCGAUUCAACGUCGCCAAGUCCUACGCCGUUAUCGUUGACACGGUGCGUCGUCUGCCGACAGAGGGAACCAUCUCGGAGCAGGAUAGACUCGUCAAGUCUCCGACACCGUCGCCUCGAGGCCAGGAGCUCAUCCAGAAAAGAGUUAUUCCCAGCCUGGAGAAACUGCAAGAGGACGAAGAUGUUGAUGUGCGAUACUUUGCUACGACUGCCGCAGGCGGCCACGAUGAAGUCAUGGAGACUUCGCCGUAGGCUCUCCUCCCUAUACCAAGUGCACCAACUCCAACAUGGGUUACCGUCUCAGUGUGAUUAAGGAAUGAAUAAUAUGGAUACUGAAGCCGCUUUGGGAGGAUUAUCUACUUGUGUCCUCUUAGAAAGAGUUCGAGAGUCUGACUGAGACGAAUUGCUUCAUGGCGCUCUGUUUUCUUCCGACUAAAUGUAGAGGUCAUGGUGACCAAGUCCGCAAAAAAAACAAAAACAAACCUUUUAAGACCCUGGCUCUGCAAGUUCGAAGAUAGAGGGGGGCUUGGGUAUGAUGUCUUACGAGUCAUAAAUAAAUAUUUUACAGAAAUAAACCAGUCGUUUUGAAUCGCGA